CCCGCGUGUGGCGCGGCGCGGCUCGGCUCGGCACAGCUCGGUACGGCGCGGCUCGGCUCGGCUCACCCUCGCCAUUGUCUCGUCUGCGCGGCGGUCCCCGCCGCGAGUGGCGGGCGGCGCGGCGGCUGGCCGCGAUGCUGAAGGGCUGCGCGCCCCCUCAGAGGCGGCAGCGGGAACGGGCUCCAGCCGCCGGCAGCAGCCAGCCCGCCUGCUGAAGACUGAAACUUUGCGUCCCCGCCGCUCUCCCUCUUCCCGCCUUCCCCUCGCCGGCCCGGCUCGGCUCGCCCUUCUCCAUGCGCUGAGCGGCCGCGGGGCGCCCGCUCGGCCCCAUGGACGCCUUCAGCGCCGCCAAGGCCAAAAUGGGGGCGAAGAGCGGCGGCGAGGCGGCGGCGGCGGCGGCGGGGCUGGCCGCGCCUCAGCCCGCCGCGCCGGCCCCCAGCCCCGCCGGUCCCGGCUCGCCCGCCGCGCCCGAGCCCGCCGCCUACAAGCUGGAGGACCUGGAGACCCUGGCCACCGUGGGCACAGGUACCUUUGGGCGCGUUCAUCUGGUGAAGGAAAAAAUGGCCAAACGUUACUUUGCACUGAAAGUAAUGAGCAUUCCUGAUGUCAUUCGACUGAAGCAAGAGCAACAUGUGCACAAUGAAAAGUCAGUCUUGAAAGAAGUCAACCACCCCUUUUUGAUCAGAUUAUUUUGGACCAACCAUGAUGAACGUUUUUUAUAUAUGUUAAUGGAAUAUGUGCCAGGAGGAGAACUUUUUAGUUACCUGCGCAACAUGGGGCGUUUCAACAACAGCACAGGACUGUUCUAUUCUACGGAAAUUAUUUGUGCAAUAGAAUAUCUGCACUCCAAAGAAAUAGUUUACAGAGACUUAAAACCUGAAAAUAUAUUACUAGACAAAGAAGGACAUAUCAAGCUUACUGAUUUUGGAUUUGCUAAAAAGCUGGUGGAUAGGACAUGGACGCUCUGUGGCACUCCUGAGUACCUUGCACCAGAAGUUAUACAAAGCAAAGGCCAUGGAAGAGCUGUGGAUUGGUGGGCCCUAGGAAUUCUUAUAUUUGAGAUGUUGUCAGGGUUUCCUCCGUUUUUUGAUGACAAUCCAUUUGGUAUAUAUCAGAAGAUUCUUGCUGGCAAAAUAGAUUUCCCGAGGCAUUUGGAUUUAUAUGUAAAAGACCUUAUUAAGAAGCUGCUUGUGGUAGACAGGACAAGACGAUUAGGAAAUAUGAAGAAUGGAGCAGAUGAUGUGAAGAGACAUCGAUGGUUCAGGUCUAUAGAUUGGGAUGCUGUACCUCAAAGGAGACUAAAGCCUCCCAUAGUACCAAAAGUAUCCAAUGAUGGGGAUACUUCCAAUUUUGAAGCUUAUCCUGAAGAUGACUGGAACAAGAUGCCUCCGGUACCCCCUAAAGAUCUAGAAAUUUUCAAGAACUUCUGAAUGCGACAUCUACACUGGAUGAGAAACUGGAAGGAAAUUGAAGUGGUAAGAGCAAGUCUGAAGAAAAAUGGAGUUCAUGCGUAAAUGAAGACUUCCUUUGUAGUUAAGAAUGAUACUGCAUUCAGAUAUGUAUUAGUAUAUAGUAAAUAUCUAAAGAGAUGGAGGCAGGCAAGAAUAACUUUUUGCUGUAAACAUUUGACAUUAGUUUAGUAAAUUGUAAUAUUGAUAGUCUACUCUGAAGUAGACUCACUAAAAUGGUAUAUUUUAGGAUUUUUUUUUUUUAACUUAUGGUUUAGUUAAGUUUCCUGCUAUUCACAGAUCCUUUUUGCAUAGUUAACUCAUAGACUUAAUUUUAUAAGUUUAUACUAAACUUGUGUAAUUAAAAGCACAAAUUAGUAUAUAUGUAUAUAAUGAAUACAAUACAACUAAAGCACAGGAACUGUGCAAAGAUGUAAAUUUUUGUACUUUGCAGAGUCUAUGAUUUUUAUUUUUCAAAUAAUGUUUUUCAAGAAGUUCUCUAGGAAUAAAAAUCUUAAAAGGAUAAAUGAGUUUUUCAUCAUCUUAUAUACAUUUUAUAAUUCUUUGUAAAAAAUAAAAAUAAUUAAGUUUUAAAAAAGAUUUGUACCUAAAAUUUCCAAUGCCUCACACUUGCAACCAUAGUACUUGAAAGCAGAAAGACAAGGGCAUGUUUUAUUGUUGAUUAAGAUGCAACUUAAUGGCUAAUUUAUGAAGUUCUGUUACAGUGAUGUCUCUUUACAAACCAGGAUAUUGAGUGAUUAUACACUGUCUGAAAUGAGAUUCCUCACAUGAAGACUCUCUGUAAACAUGCAACUCGGUGCAUACUGAUAAAAGGGCUCUAGCUGGCUCUUACAGGAGUUGUUCUCUCUCAAGCUUGCUGUCUUCUCCAAAUGUAAAGCAUGAGCCAUAACAGACUUUUUUCGUUAUUGAAAUAGUUGUUGUUGAAUGCUUGGCACUUCAGAAUAUCAGAGGGAAGACUGAAUAUAUAUUAGAGCCUGAUUUUUCUGCUCCUGCUUUUGGAAAUGUCCUAAAGUCUCUGCUGCCAGGAAUUCCAUAUGUACAGAGUUCAAACCUUAGAUGUAAGGAGUCUCUUUUUUCAUCCUGUACUAACAUCUUUCUAGCAGCUUGAGUACACUGUAUUUAGGAAGUAUUUGCAAUACUGCUUCAUUUUAAGUAGCACCAAAUAUCGGUAUGUGCAUAUGUAUGUAUCUAUGUAUAUGAAUACACAUAAACAUGAAGGUAGAUUGUAUACAAGUCAGGAUCUUUUUUUAGGUUUUUUUUCAUGUUAUGUAUUGUGAAACUUGUGUUAAUAUAGCGGAAUUGAUUCUGAAGUGCUUCAAUUUCAAAAAGUAAUUACAUUCUUUCAGAUGUUGUGGUUUUAGAUAACUUUCAGUGAAAUUAUGAUAUUUAGACCAAAAAUAUUUUUUUCGAAAGCAUAUCAGCUCACUGGAAUUCCACUACUAUGAUGGCUCUACAUAAAACUCUUUAAGUAGAUCAUACAGAUAGUUUCUCCCACAAAUGGCUCUCCACAUUUUUGAUCUGAAAUGCCAUAAGAAAUGUAGGCCAAAGAUUCAUUUUUCUGAACUAAAUCCUGAAUGCUUAUGAAGUAGACAUUCUAGUAAUCGCUACUGAAAUUGCCAUGUUUAUAAUUUUGACAGAUCUGCAGCUGGAGUCUCCUCAUGAAAAAGUGACCUCCAUUUUCUUUUGUUUAGCUCUAAACGGUACAGAAAUGCUGUUGAGAGCUUGCAGUUUCUAGGGUAUUAGAUCUAUUUCUUCAUAAAGCAAGUCUAACUUUAAAAGAUUGCAUAACUGCGAAAAUGCACAAUAUUUAACAAAAUCAGGAUACUUCAAAGUGCUAAUUCUGGAAUAUCAUAAAGUCUUCUUGAUGUUAUGUAAGUGUCACAAGUUGAUGGCCCCAGCUACCACUCAGUAAAUACUGUGUAAGAAUGUAUAAUGUAAUACAGGAAAAUCCAUAGAAAAUUAUCAUUUUAACCUGGUAAAAAUACUUCAUUCUCUUGGGAAAAAAAAAAAAAAAAAAAAAAGAAUCUGGUCCACUGUAUUUGUAUCUGUGGAAUUAGUUAUUCCAAAUCAAUUGGGAACAACUGAAGCACAUAAAACACAGCUUACUUUGUCUAAGGGGAGCAAGCACAGUUCAGGCUUUUUUUAAUGUAUAAGCUUACAGUAUUUUAUGGAAUCUGAGUACUACAAAACCAGUUUCUUACUUAAAAAUGUACAAACUGAAACAAGCAAGUAUGCUAAAUAGAAUUUUUUUUAUUUUUUUUUUUUCCAAAUUUAAGAACUGCACUGUGUUCAAGUCUUCAAAAGCUGAGGAAAUGAAGUUGCAUCUGACUAAUGUGCCACAGUGGUGGUUAGAAGUUUUGAAUGCUUGAACAACAGGCAAUCGUGGAUUUUCUUUUUAUGAAUCUUAUCCAUUGCUGGCAGUGGAUGCACUGACACUCAUUACGAUAGAGACUAAAGAAAUGAAUACAAUCUUAUUAAUAAUGCUAAUCCAUUGACUUAACAUUGUUUUCAGAGCCAUGUGUACAUAUGCCUAACUACUGACCUCGUCAACAUGCUUUCUAGUACAAAACUGCUUUCAAAUUUUUUUAUUUAAAAUCCUUCACUAAAAGAAAAACCAAAACAUUGUUGAAGCAUUAUUUUAAGUGAUCAGUUAUUUUCUCUACAGUCUUGAACUUGAGCUGUUAUUACCUGCCCAUUUUAUUUAUUUGCACAAGUUAAUAUUUUAUUUUAAGUCUUUGCUGGGACUUCAUGGCCCACUAACAUAGUCCUGUCUGAGUGCUCACGCAGAAGUCCCCAGAUACACACUGCACUAAGGACUCUGGUUUUAUGGGGGUUUUUUAAGCAGACUAGAACACUUUUUUAUUUUCGAUUCAAGUGUGGUAGUCUCUGAAGUUCAUUUUAUUUUGGUUGCUUCUGUUAACGUGUUUUUGCGUAUAGACUGUUGCAUAAGGACUGUUUUCUUGGAAGAGCCCGUAGGCCUUUGGUAUUCUGCUUCGGUGAACAAGAAUGUUAAACAUUAAAAAACAACCUUUAUUUUUGAGUUUUAUAUAUAUAUAUAUUUUUAAUUGCCCAAUUUGAGGUUUUAAGUGAUAAACGUGCAUUGUAAACUCAAUUGCCUUGUAACCAAAUGAUAUAAAUGCUUCAUGAGUUCAAUGGAGAACAUGCUGUAGAUUUUCCUGUAAAUUAGCUUGAUCAAUGAAUAUGUGUGCUACUGAGCUUUAACUAAUGUGAUCUUCCACUGUAGAAAGUCAUUGUUAAUGGAUCAAAUAUAGGUACUAAACUAUGUUUAAAUGGAUGAACAGGGAUUUUGCAGUUUUGAAAGCAAUUAAGAUAUGGCUGUUCCUCAGCCCAUCUGCUUGCCAUUCAGAAGAGUCGUGAUGCAGUGCUUCCUAUGCUAUAGAAUUAUUUUUCAGCUUUCAAUGACUGUAGCAUGAUUCCUUUUUGUACUGUACUGUGUACAGACUUUCCAUGUUUUGCACUUUUCUAUGGCAAACCUUGACUGCUUUAUAAAUACUCUGUUGUGUAGUAAGUAGUGAUAGUGGUAGCAGGCAUUUGUGUACUGCAUAAUCAGUUUGAACUGCUAGACUUGCGAGGUUAACUUGGACUAACGUAUGUUGCUGGUUGCUUGUUGUAGCUCACAUGUAUAAGUACUGUUCAAAGUUACAAAGUCAGCCCUCAUUGCACAAUGAAAAUCACUGUGAUCUGUACAUAAACCCUAGUAAAAUUUUAUUGCUGUUUAAUUUAUGUAAUAUCUGUCAAAUCUGGAUUCAUUUAAUAAACCUUUAUAUCUUUUUAAAUGUUUAAA